CAUUUAGUAGCUCAGCGUCAACUUUUUUACCUACACCUCCAUUGUAUGCAACACCAAAUUCAAUAGAGACACCAUUAACAAGUUUCAUAUCAUCUAUAUCACCAACAUCUUCUGCGUAUACAACACCAGGUUCAACUGAAACACCAUCAAGUAGUUUGACAUCAACUUCAACGCCUUCUACGGCUACAGUAACUAUAGACGUCCCGCGCCCAAAUGGCUCCCCAUCUCCAGUGUUUCCAUGGAACAAGACUGAAGCAGAGCCUACACCAUCAACACCCAUCUGGUCAGAAGCAAGUAUAACCGCUACCAUCAAACACAAUUCGGCUUCAGAGCGUGUAACAGCUUUGACGUCGGGUGACUUAAACACUAAUAGAUCUACGGUAAGAGAAACGGGUUACACGAGUUCAUUUCAUUCUACGCAGAGGAUUGGAAACGAAACACAAGAAACUUUUACAACAACAACCGUGCCACCAAAUAAUCC